CGAUCGCGCGUCGUUCUCGUCCCCGUCUCUCGCGCGUCGUCGUCUCUCGUCACGAGACCGCUCACAAUCGCCGCAAACGCGGCGAACUCGUGAUCCACGAUUCGCGCAGUUUCCGUUUCACGGCGAUCGUGUUCGGCACGGAUUUCCUCUGGAUCGCGAUCAAUAGCGCGCGAGCGAGAAUAACGAUAGUCGACAGGUGUGUGCGCGCGCGCGUCCGUUGCACCGCAAUCAACGGGUCGGUUUUCCGGAGAGAGAAGAGGAAUAGCCCCGCACAUUUUAUCCGCGCUCAGUUCUUCGUGGAUAGAUGAUCCACGUUUUUCGCGCGCGCAAAGCGAUUCUCUCAAGUGAGAAAAGAGAGUAAAACUUGUGUGUGGAAAUCCACGCGCUCGCAAAUAUAUAUAUCGCGCUGCAAAGUGACGCGGAAAAUGGAGAUCGAUAUGAGCGGCAGAACGAGCAGCAGCAAACCCAGCGAGGAGCUGGCGAAGAGACGAGUGUCAAUUAGCGAUCAGGUCGUGGGACACGACAAUCCCGCCUUCGAGCAUCACCGACGCAUCAGCGCGAGUUCUGAACACAAUUCCGAUCAGGGCAGACGUAAGUCGAUUCUGCAUCACUGCGGAAGCGUGGAGAACAUUCCGCAGUUCAAGUUCGAUCUGGAGAACGGUCGGAUCAACAACGGUAAUAGAAAAAAAUCGGCGUACAGCCUGUCCAGUUCAAUCAGAGACAAGAUCGAGUAUUCCGAGGAGCUCGAGAGAUCGUGGUUGUAUCUAUUUUGCGCAAGAUGUCACGGUCGAGACGACACACCGUCAUGGGAGCCGCCGGGAUGGAGAAGAGCGUGUCCACAGCCGUUCUGUCCCACGUACAGAAAAUUCGCUCGGGUCCUGUGCCUCUUUCUUCUGGGUUUGCUGCUCUGGGGUGUCGUCUACUCGGUAAUCGGCAACGACGCCGCACCCGGUGGCCCGCUGUUCGGAUUAGCCGCCUUGUGCAUCGCCGCACAUUUUGGGGGUUGGCUAUUCUCUUUGACCACUCUUCCGGCCUUGAUCGGUAUGCUGAUCACCGGACUGAUACUGCAAAACGUCGGACUCGUCAAAAUCGAGGGCGAUUACACCGUGGUGAUCGCCAAUCUACGGAAAAUCGCCUUGGUUAUCAUACUCACUAGAGCGGGUCUGGAUCUGGAUCCGAACGCGCUGAAGAGAUUAAGAAUCACGGUGCCUAAGUUGGGUCUGAUACCUUGGGUGGUAGAAGCCACGGUGGUGGCUGUGAUGACGCAAUAUCUCUUAAAUCUGCCGUGGAUAUGGGGUUUCCUCCUCGGUAGCAUCGUCGCAGCCGUUUCGCCAGCCGUCGUGGUGCCUUGCCUGUUCAGGUUACGUGCCAAAGGUUACGGAGUUGCGAAGGGCAUCCCCACGUUGAUUAUCGCGAUAGCUGGAAUCGACGACGCUGCGUCAGUCGCGGUUUUCGGAAUCGUCAAGAGCGUCAUGUUCUCCCAUGACGCGCUGUGGUACCAGAUCCUUCAGGGUCCUAUUGCCAUCAUCGGCGGACUGGGAUUCGGCGUCUUGUGGGGCUGGAUGGCCAAAUACGUGCCAGAGAAGGGCGACCCCUUCCUAGUGCCUCUAAGAGUAUUGAUGUUACUCGGAGGUGGGUUGUUGGCGGUUUUCGGCAGCGAGGCAAUUGAGCUCGGUGGCGCGGGACCGCUCGCGGUUGUGGCUGCAGCUUUCGUCAGCUGUUACUUCUGGCAGCAGGAAGGCUGGGGAGUUGACGAUAAUCCGGUGGCCACGUCAUUCGAGAUUUUCUGGAUGAUAUUCGAACCGAUUUUGUUCGGCGUCACCGGCGCGCAAAUCAAAAUCAGCGAGCUCGAAGGCAAAACCGUCUACCUCGGACUGAGUUGUUUAAUUGCCGGUAUUGUUAUUCGAAUUGCGAUAACAAUAUUGGUCGGGAUUGGUUCGAAACUCAAUACGAAGGAGAAAAUAUUUAUCGCUUUGUCCCUGAUGGUUAAGGCGACCGUGCAGGCGGCUCUGGGUCCUGUCACGCUUGACGAGGUCGACAAGAAUGACGAACGACAGGUCGAAUACGCCGAAAUGGUGCUGAUGCUGUGCGUGCUCUCGGUCGUUCUUACCGCUCCGGCAGGAGCUAUCAUUAUCUCCCUAUCAGGACCGAAAUUAUUGACGAAGACUACCGUUCCGGUCGCACCCCCGGAAGCUUGGAGAACUCGCAGGCCAUCAAUUCGCGAUAUCUCAAUCAUCAAUGAAGAUCCCGACCUUGAGGAAACUGCGAACGAACGGAAACUCUGACAAUCGCGUACUAUUCGGAUUCAAAGUCGCGCUGCGAGCUCGUUUUCCGAGAGUGUCACGGUUCCUCAAGGGUUAAAAGACUCGAUCGAUGCGCGGAAAAUAUUUCAAGAAUUCGGAAGACGAUGAGAUUACAAAUGGAUCCGAAUUAAUCGUGUCGCAACAAUUAUUGACGUAAUUAUUGACAAUUAACCAACUGACAUUGUUUUAAAUGCUUAUAUUAACAGAGAUAUGAGUAAGUAAUAUCGUAGUAGUAAGAAAUUAUAUAUUUGAGACGGCGUGGCUCGUUUUUCCGCGUCAUUCCGAGAAAUACAAAAAAAAAAAAACGCAUUUCUAUAAAGUGUAAAAAUGUUACGAUUCAGACAAAUUCUGAAAAAUAUUACAAACUGAUGAGAAUCCGGUUAUUGAAAAUCUACAAAGCUAAGAAUCGAUGAAAUAUUAUGUGGAUUUUUAAAUAUGAAUAUCCGUCAUAUU